ACUGAGUCAUAUAAUUAGGUUAAUUUACAUUUAUUUUAGAAGAAUUCCUUUCCUAAUGACAGAUAGCAAUCUGACGUUUGUUUUAGGUUAUCAGGAAAUGUCAUAGUCUACUUACAUUCCCUAAUUAGAAUAAAAAUAAUAAUGAUUCUGGUGAUUUUUUUGAAAAUAUCACAAUUACUAAGCCUCUGUAAACUUUAAGAUAUGUUAUAUUAAGCCACAUUUUGCACAGCUUUCAGAAGUUCCAAAUGGAUCAGCAAUCAGAAAUUCAAAAUGUACCUGAUAAUGAAAAAGAUUCACAAGCUCAUAUACAGGAAUUGCUAUCAGAAAAGAAAAAAAUUCAAGAAGAAUUUGAUAUACAAAGAGCCAAGUUUAAAGAUUUGUUUUUACUUAAAGAAGCUGAAUUAGAUAAAAAAGUAGAAGAAAAUGUACAAUUAACGGGAGAAUUGACAAGGUUAAAAAAUGAGUUAGAUGAUUGCAAAAGUCAACUAGUUGUAGAUAGCAUGACAUUAGAAUCAACCUUUGAAGUAGAAAAAAGGAAAGCUGAAGAAGAAAUUGCUACAUUACAAAGAUUAGUUCAUGAGACUGUUGAAGAAUCCAGCUCAACAAGAACUUUAUAUGACACAGAACUUAAAAAAUUAGAACACUACAUACAGCAGCUGCAAAAAGAAAUUCAUGAUUUGAAGAGAGAGAAAAAUCAUUCUCCACAUCACAUAUCACAGGAACAUAGCAGUCUAGCACCUAGUCAAGUUUUUAAUGUUUUAACAAAAGGGUUGAAGAAAUUGGGAGCAGAUUCUUUUUCUUCUCAAGAAAGCGUGGAGGAUUCUUUUAAAAAGACUGAAGAGGAUGCAGAGGUCUUAAGAUCUUUAGUCGAACCGUUGAACGACCAAAUAAAGGCCCUGAAAGAGAAACUGAGAGCUACAGAUGAGCAGUUACAAAAAUGUAGAGAAUGUGGUCAUAGACAAGAUGAGAGCUGUGUGGACUGUAUUAUAGGUUCUGAUUCAAGGGAAUUGAGAAAGCUAAAUACCAGCGAGCAAUCCCCCCACCAUACCAACCUAAACGCCACCACUGCAACGAAUACAUCGUUCGAGUCCAACAGGCUGUUCAUUUGCGACAUGUGCAGCAAUUACGAGGCUCAGUUGGUGAGGGAACAGAAGAUCUCCAAAGAACUGGAGACCAAAGUAACGGCGGCUGAGAAAGCAGCGGAGCGGCAUAAGGAAGAACUCCUCAAAGAGAUCGGAUUUAGGAAAGAUAUGGAGGAAAAGUGGAACGAGAAAAAGGAGGAGCAUAAGAGACAGGUGGCAGAACUAACACGGACAACAGAAUGUACAGAGCAAGAUCUGAAAGAGCUGCGCCAGUUUUUUAACCAGACAUGUUCGGAGAUGAAAAUGAGUAUAGGAAAACUAACACACGAACGGGAAACUGUCCAUCAAGAACUGAUAAGAUUGCAAGAGGAAAAUGAUAUGUUGAUAGGAAAGUAUACAGCACAUUCCCAAGAACUACAAAGUGAAAUAAUUGACCUGCCAAAUACAGUUGAGGAACUCCAAGAAAUAAUUCUAAAGAAUCAACAAGACUUGAUCAUCACCAAAAUGGGCAAAGAGGCCCAAGAGAAAAAAGUCAAUACUCUUCAGUCUGAGAUUAUGUUACUAAAAGAUAGAAUAACGAACGAUCAACACGAAAGGAAAGGAAUAGAAGAUAGUUUGGAAUUAGAAUUGAGAACUUUAAGGAAACAGGUGGAUCAGCUCCAAAGAGAGAAGAAACAGAUAUCAACCCAUCAAGAAAAAUUAGCCAAUUCCGAUAGUGUUAAUCAAGAGAAAAUUAAAGAACAGAUUAAUAAAAUAGAAGAACUUAGCGAAGCAAUCAAAACAUUGGAAAAACAAAAUAGUGAAUUAAAAUCCAGAGUAUUUUCUUUGCAACAAGAAUUAGACAACACCGAAGCUGUUCAACAAGAUUUUGUUAGAUUAUCUCAAAGCUUACAGGUCCAGUUAGAAAAAAUUCGAGAAUCCGACACGGAAGUGCGAUGGCAGCAUGACGAAGACGUAGACGAAUGUCCCAACUGCCGCCAGGGUUUCUCCUCAUCGAGGCGCAAACAGCACUGUCGACACUGCGGUCAAAUCUUCUGCCAGAGCUGUCUGGCGCGAACGGUGCUCUCCGGUCCGAACAGCCGUCCCUCUAAGGUGUGCGACGUCUGUCACACCUUGCUGGACAAGUCGUCGGCGCCGUAUUUUAGCGAGGCAGCGCCGAUGACCUGAGGACGGUCGUCGUCGUUUCGGAAUUGUAGAUGUGAUGUUAAUGUCUUUAAAGUCUAAGCGUGUAUAGAUUUAUUAAUUGUAUCUAUUUAAAAUUGAAGCAUUAAAGUUUUAAAUUACCGAUA